AUGUCUACUGUAUUACAUUCAUUUGAUCAGGCAAUUGCAACAGCUUAUGUGAAUCUUGCUGAUGAUCGACUCGGUGCUCAAGCAAUAUCUUGUUCUGACGAAUUUUUUGCACCAGCAUCUCGUAUGCUUAAUUCAGCAGCACCUGUUUUCCAUCCUGGACGUUUUGAUGAUCAUGGUCAAUAUAUGGAAGGAUGGGAGACUAGACGAAAACGUGUUGCCGGUUAUGAUUGGUGCAUUGUGCAAUUAGGUUUACCAGGAAAAAUUGUUGGCGUUGAUAUUGAUACUAGUCAUUUCACAGGAAAUUAUCCAGUUGCUGCUUCGCUUGAUGCAUGUAAUGUUAGUAAAGGAGAAAAACCAGACAAUUGGCAAGAAAUUUUAUAUGCAGUUACAUUAAGUUCAAGUGCUCAUCAUUUUCAUGCCAUCAAUGCUCAUGACAGUUGGACUCAUGUUCGUUUGAAUAUUUAUCCUGAUGGAGGCAUAGCUCGACUUCGUGUUUAUGGUAUUGUUCAGGCACCUGAAGAUAAAUUAGAUGAAGAAAUAGAUUUAUUAGCCAUUGAGAAUGGUGGUCGUGCAAUGGCAGCAAGUGAUGAACAUUAUGGUAAUCCUUGGUCAUUGUUACGCCCUGGACGAGGUAUUAAUAUGGGUGAUGGAUGGGAAACUCGACGACGACGCCUACCUGGCAAUGAAUGGUGUGUACUUGCUUUAGGUAAACGUGGACGAGUAUCUCGUAUUGUUCUUGAUACGGCUCAUUAUAAAGGCAAUUAUCCUGAUCGAUGCUUAAUUCAAGCAGCUGAUGUUACCAUAAAUAAUAGUAAAUCUUUAGUGAAUCAAUCAUUAUUUUGGGAAACACUAUUGCCUGAACAAAAGUUAACCAUGGACGCUAUUCAUACCUUCGAUAAGGAAAUAUUCAAUGAUCUUGGCCCAAUUACUCAUGUACGAGUCAAUAUUAUUCCUGACGGUGGUCUUUCUCGAGUGCGUCUUUUUGGUCGAAUUGAAUAA